UAGCCACGCCUCCAAUGAUGGAUCAAUCAAUGGCAGAGUCAAAGGAGCGACGAUCAGACGAGACGAUGUGACGGGGGAAAUCUACAUCGCCCGAGUUAUACACGGUGGACUGGCUGACCGCAGCGGUCUCUUGCAUGCUGGAGACAGACUGGUGGAGGUCAACGGUCAUCCUGUGUUUGGUCUGGAACCAGAACAGAUCAUACAAAUUCUGGUUCAUUCUCACACACACACAUCUACAGCUCAUUCUCAGGGAACCAUAAUGUUCAAGGUGGUUCCCAUCACCGACAGACCAGUUAACAACCAAACCAUGCUGUUCAUGCGCGCCAUGGUGGACUACAACCCUCUGGUGGACCCGUCCAUCCCCUGCACUGAUGCUGGUAUGGCCUUCAGGAAGGGAGAGAUCCUGGAGAUCGUGGACCAGACAGACGCCCUCUGGUGGCAGGCCAUCAAACUGCCCAGCAUCUCCUCCUGCGCCGGCCUCAUUCCUUCCACCAAACUUCUCAAAAGGAAGCAGAAGGAGGUGUGGUGGUCUCAGCCUUAUCAACCUCACACCUGCGUCACGACCUUAACCACAGUGGAUGAAGAGGAAGACAUUGCCAUCGACGACAAAUGCAUAGAAGCAGAUGAGGAGGCGUUUGAAUCUGAGAGUGAAUUCUGCACCAACGUUGAUGGGAUUUAUUUGACUGGUUUCCGGAGAAGUCUUCGUCUCUGUCGCCGGCGGAGGGGUCAGGCUUUUGGCACUUCUCAGUUCUGCUCUCUUCGCUGCCCCACAAGCUGUUACAGUUCUCUGUCCAACUCAUACGAAGAGGUUGUGCGAUACCAACACCAUCCAGAACACACACAUCGUCUAAUAGUCCUCGUGGGUCCUUCUGGGGUCGGUGUGAAUGAACUCCGCAGGAGACUCAUCGAGAUCAACCCAAAGGUUUACCAAGGAGCUGUUCCUCAUACCACACGACCGCCCAAAUGCCAUGAGGAGUCUGGGAGAGAAUAUCACUUUGUUAGCAAAGAGCAGUUUGACAAGAUGAUCUACAAUCGCAGGUUUAUUGAGUUUGGGGAGUUUGAAGGUCAUCUCUAUGGUACAUGUGUAGAUGCAGUUAAAGAUGUGCUGGCCGGUGGAAAGAUCUGUGUGAUCGACAUUGAACCUUACGCAUUGGAGUCAGUAAGGUCCCCUGAGCUAAGAGCUUAUGUCAUCUUUAUAAAGCCCCCUCCUGCUGAACAGAUGAAACAUACUCGGAUGAAUUCUCACAUCAUCACAAAUUACUUCCUCAGCCGACCCUUUAAGGAUGAAGACAUUCAGGAAAUCGAGGAUGCGGGACACAAGAUGCAGCAGCAGUACUGUCAGUUCUUUGAUCACGUGAUAGUAAAUGACGGGCUGCAGGCCGCAUGUGUGCAGCUGUUGACAGCAGUGAGGCGAGCUCAGGAUGAGCCGCAGUGGGUACCAGCCGCAUGGAUCAAACCAUCAGAGCAGUCUUGAGAAGAGCAAACAGGAUGACAAGCGCAUGAAUAUGCAAAUAUACUUCGUUUCACUGUUCAUGCUGAGAAAACUGUUUGUGUUGUCUGUGAAAUUCCUUAUCAAAAUAAAAAAUAUUUUCAGUUCA